AUGUUCAAAUUUUCAUUAUCAGGAAAUUAUCACCAUGAUGAGGAUAAGAGCGAUGAGAGAUGCGAGAAGGGUCACAUUGCCAUACUGGGUACUGAAGCACCAUUGAAGGGGAAAUAUUCAGUUGGCACGUUCAAUCAAUUAAAUAAUAUUCAAUUCUUUGUAUAA